AUGGCUCUAAUUGGUUGGGUGUGUAUAGCUUUAAGUAAUAACGUCACACUGAUUCUCAUUGGCAAGCUUUUUCAUGGAUUCUCAAUGGGUAUGUGUUUUGUUACACUGGGCGCAUCUUUCAACAACGCAAUUCUUUUUAUGGUACCUAGUUAUACCGCCCGCCUACUCCCACAACUGCAGCGAGAUGACUCUAGCAUUCCAGUAGAUGAUAAUUCGGCUUCUUGGAUUGCUUCCGUGCAUGGUUUAACAUUAUUUGCGGGUAAUUUAUCUUUGCCCUUAAUUAUGGGACAUUAUGGCAGAAAACCUGCUAGUCUAGUUACUAACAUAGUAUCUCUAAUUGGUUGGGUGUUUAUAAUUUUAAGUCAAGAUGUCACUUUGAUUCUCGUUGGAAAACUUUUUCAAGGAUUCUCUAUGGGUAUGGUAACUGCUUUGCCAUCUAUAGUAAUUGCUGAAUACACAAGUCCUAAGAAUCGAGCACUAUUCACGUCUAUAAUGAUUAUUCUAAUGACACUUACGACUACGCUAGUUCACACUACAGGGUCUUAUUUUAGUUGGAAACUGACUGCUUUGGUCUGUAUGUUCAUUACUUGUGUCGGAUUAUUCAUAAUUGUAAUUACUCCAGAAUCUCCAAGCUGGUUAGCUGAGAAAGGACGAUACGAAGACUCUAAGCGAGUAUUUUAUUGGCUUAGGGAAAAAGAAGAAAUAAAUGAGUUGGAAAACAUUAUAAGUGUUAUAUCUAAAAGAAUACAUAAAAGCACAACAUCUAAAGGAUUUUUAACAGAUACUAAAAUUAAACUAUUGAAGAAUUUAAAUGCAAUUAAGUUAAGGGAAGGCUACAUGCCAAUUCUAAUAAUGGUCCACAUUUAUACAUUUGGCCAUUGGUGUGGCUCAAAUUCUAUAGUGAUUUAUAUUCAAGAUGUUUUUACUGCAUUAACCAGUCCAGACACUGAUAUUAAUCUACAAAUAGUGUAUACAGACAUUAUGGGAUUUUGUUACAAUGCAAUCGCAGUUUUUGUUAUGAGGAAGUGUAAAAGAAGAUUUAUUCUCUCCACGUUUCUUAAUUUAAAUAUAUUUGUUCUAUUAGCCACAGCUCUGUAUUCCUACUGUAAAGUAAAUGAUAUGUUACCUUUCGAUCAUCCAAUUAUAGGAAUUAUAUUGAUCCAUUUGAUUUUAUUCACAUUUUUAGUUGGUAUAUUUCCACUCACGUUUGCUUUAGAUGGUGAAAUAUUUUCUCUUGAAUAUCGCAGUUUUUCAGCAGGUAUCACUACUUUGUACUUUACAAUAGCAAUAUCUGGAGUAGUCAAAUCUUUUCCGUAUCUUAAGAAAUCUAUAGGUUUACAUGGAACAUAUUUAAUAUAUGCCGGUGUAUGCAGUUAUUGUUCGCUGUUUUUGUUAAAAUUUAUGCCGGAGACUAAAGAUAAGACUCUUCUAGAUAUUGAGAAUGAGUUUAAAAAUGUAACGGUUGCAUCAGAUGAUGAUUCUAGUUUAGUUCAACCAAUAAUUUUGCAUGAUACAGACACUGUUACCAAGUUGUCUCUAUAA